GCCCUUCUAGACUCGGCCUCAGUGUCUAUAUGCACAGCCGAAGUGAAACCCCAGAGUUUUGGUUUUGGUUUUUUAAAAGAAAGUAGUACUUGGUGUAUUGGGGGUGGUCCCCCAAAACAGAAGGGUAGGAUACCGAUGCGUAAGUUUUCCUAAACAGCCUUGAGCGUUCAAGGUGGUCACCUCAAACAACUAUAUAGCCCCGCUUUGAGAGUAGAUUGGAAGAUCCUCAAAAGGACAAGAGCUGCUUUUCAAUUUGCAUAUUCCAGGCAUCUAUCUGUAGGAUUUGGAAGACUAACUUAUGAAAGAUAACCUUCACCAACAUCAACUGAGGCUUCAUUAUGGAUAACUACACAGUACUGAAGGUGAUUGGGGAGGGCUCCUUCGGCCGGGCUCUUUUAGUUCAACAAGAAAGCAGCAACCAGAAGUAUGCGAUGAAGGAAAUAAGGCUUCCCAAGUCUCUUUCUGAUGUAAAGAACUCUAGGAAGGAAGCCGUUCUGUUGGCUAAAAUGAAGCAUCCCAAUAUUGUUGCCUUUAAGGAGUCAUUUGAAGCUGAUGGACACCUGUAUAUAGUGAUGGAAUAUUGUGAUGAAGGUGAUCUCAUGCAAAAGAUUAAACAUCAAAGAGGAAAAUUAUUCCCUGAGGAUAUGAUACUUCACUGGUUUACACAGAUGUGCCUGGGAGUGAAUCACAUUCACAAAAAAAGGGUGUUACAUAGAGAUAUCAAGUCCAAAAAUGUCUUCCUCACCCAAAAUGGACACAUAAAAUUGGGGGAUUUUGGAUCUGCCCGACUUCUCUCCAAGCCUAUGGCAUUUGCUUGUACAUAUGUGGGAACACCUUAUUAUGUGCCUCCGGAAAUCUGGGAGAAUAUGCCUUAUAACAAUAAAAGUGACAUAUGGUCCUUGGGAUGCAUUUUGUAUGAACUCUGUACCCUCAGACAUCCAUUUCAGGCCAAUAGUUGGAAAAAUCUUAUCCUCAAGAUAUGCAAAGGCUCCUACAAUCCCCUCCCAUCUUGUUACUCUUAUGAGCUUCACUAUCUGAUAAAGCAAAUGUUUAAGAGAGAUCCUACCAGUCGUCCUUCAGCUACUACAAUUCUCUCUAGAGGCUCUUUAGCAAAGCUUAUCCGGAAGUGCUUGUCUCCAGAGGUAAUCAAAGAGUAUGGUGAGCAAAUAAUAGAGGAAACCAGGAAGUCCAGGAAUGAUACACCAACAAAAAUGGGCCCUGCCAGAACAAAUAUAAUCUCAGGAAAUGAGGCAGUUACUGAGCAAGGGGAAGAAGAAGGUAAAAAGUGCAGUCAUGCUGACUUAGAGCACAUUAAUAAAAAUUUGGCUGAAAAUGCACUGAAACGAAUAAGCAAAGAGGAAAAAGAAAACAAAUCAGUCCAUUUGAGGAAAGGGAACUUGCCAAGCCCUCAGAGGAGACAGUGGGAGAAGAACAUAUGCAAUACAGCUGUAAAUGCCUUGGAAAAAGCGUCUAUACUUUCCUCCAGUUUAACGUCAGAGGAGGAUAGAGGUGGAUCUGUAAUAAAGUACAGUGAAAAUAAUACCAGGAAGCAGUGGCUCAAAGAAUCUCCUGAAACUUUGUUGAAUAUCCUUAAGAAUGCUGACCUUAGCUUGGCAUUUCAGACUUACACAAUAUAUAAAUCAGGUUCAGAUAAUUUUCUGAAAGGACCUCUUUCUGAUGAAGCAGAAACAUCAGAUUGUGUAGAUGGAGAUCAUGAUAUCAUCUUGGACUCUGAGAGGCUUGAACCUAGAUUAGAUGAAGAGGACACGGAUUUUGAAGAAGAUGAUGAUGACCCAGAUUGGGUGUCUGAACUGAAGAGGAGAGCUGAAUUAAAGUGUGUGGAUCAUGAAUAAUUCCAAAAGAAAUGUUUCUUAAGCAGAUUCAGAAGAAUUGUUAAAUUAAGUAAUCAACACUGUGUAAGUUUACUUUGGCAACAGAAUAGAUAAAAGCUGCGAAUAUUAAAGGUGAGGAGUUUGAUGAAUAUCACCAGAAAAUACAUCUAGAACCCCAGUGGGUUUUUGAAGUAGAUGUUAGUUCUGUAUUAAUCUUCUAAUUGGAACAGCAUCAUGUAAAUGGUUUUCUUUAUAUGUCAGAAAGGGAAGUGGUGCCACCCUGGGAAAACAUCUUGAGAUUUCUUUUCUCAAUAUUCAGUGUACUUUUAAUCCUGAAAUACUUUGGUAAGGGAGAGCCCUGUGUCUUGAUACUGUUGCUACUUCUUAAUAAACAAGACUUUGACAUGUUACGUAUUUAUACUCCAUAGCAUUUUUAUGAGAGUGUCAUAGGAUGUAUUUUUAGUGGUGCAUUUGUUCUUACGUAAUAGGAUCUUUUCCAUUAAUUGACAAAGGAGCCAGUGGGGAUGGACAGCAAUAGGAAGAUGAGAGUGGGCCAAGUUUCUAGAUCACAUCAGAGGUCAGGCAUGAGUGAUAAAAAUAGGACAUGAGGAUAGCUAGGUGGCUCAGUGGAUAGAGCACUGGUCCUGGAGUCAGGAGGACCUGAGUUCAA